AUGCUAGACCUGGGGUGCGGCCUCGGUCAAGAAAUUCGUCGGUUGGUGUAUGAUGGCGCCCCAGCCGAGAAUAUUGUCGGCUUAGACAAAGACGAGCAAUUUAUAGAGCUCGGUUUUGAUCUAUUUCGGGAUAGGGUUACCUUAAACUUGAUAUUCCUUAUUGAAGACUUCUUGAAUCCUAGUGCAAAACUUGCCCAAUUAGCUGGCCACAUACAUGUCAUAAAUUUUGGUUACUUCCUGCAUUUAUGGGAUUGGAAAGGACAAGUUAGCGUUGCUAAAUGCAUGGUCAGCUAUCUCUCUCUGCAAGAAGAUGACUUGAUCACCGGUGUCCAGUUCGGGAGGGAGGACGCUGGACUCUGGAAGGUGCCAAAUCUCGACUACUCUAUCUUCCUACAUAACUCAGCCAGCUUUGCACACAUGUGGCAUCAGAUAGGAGAGGAAACUGGCACCAGGUGGUUGGUUUGGUCGAGAAGCGACCGCGAGGGAACUCACGACAAAUUGGAUGCUAAGGGAUUUCGUUUGCGAUGGUACGUGCGGUAUAAAGGAAAGCAGUCUCAAACUGAACAGGAUGAAAACUUCAGUCUUAAGCAAGCAGACCAGGAACGCUAUAAGAGCAUCCAACCCAGGAAGAUUUUUGAGAAAUGA